AUGGCUUUCGGCUUGGUGGCAGUGGCCUACAUAUUAGCUCUAAUCUUCACCAUUGCGCUUAUAUUUUUAACCAUUUUCCAUGUUAUUUCGUUCGAUGAGCUGAAGACGGAUCAUAAAAAUCCGGUGGACCAGUGCAAGUCUCUCAAUCCGCUGGUUCUCCCUGAGUACCUUUUGCAUGGUGCAUAUACAGUGCUCUUCAUUAUCACGUUUCAACUGGGAACGGCAAUUUUCAACAUUCCACUGAUGGCCUAUCAUGUUUAUCGUUACAUGCACCGUCCUGUUAUAAGGGGACCGGGACUUUAUGACCCAACAACGAUAAUGAAUACAGAUGAGCUAAACAAGGCGAUGCGUGAAGGCUGGGUGAAGUUAGCCUUCUACAUUAUCUCGUUCUUCUAUUAUCUCUACGGGUAUGUUCAGUUCAUUGUCAUCCGUCAGCGCACACAGAAUGAUCUAUACUCUUGUUACAGACUAGUUUCUCAAUGCAGCAGUUUGAACUCC